AAGGGAGGCAGAGCGUACUCCUCCUCGUCUCUUCCGGGCCGUUGUCCACGCGCAGAGACCUUUAGCUGACCUCAGCGUCCAGCUACCGCGCAAGAACGAGCGGGCUGCUUCGGCCCGAACAACGUCCUGAGGCAGCGUGUCCCCACGAGGCCACCGUAGUCCGGGAAGUCUACGUCACGUGACUUAAGGUUGUACCAUGGCUUCUCCCAAGCCACUGUCUCGCUUCUGGGAGUGGGGCAAGAAUAUCGUGUGCGUCGGGAGGAACUACGCAGACCACGUCAAAGAGAUGCGCAGCGCGGUGCUAAGCGAGCCGGUGCUUUUCUUGAAGCCGUCCACCGCGUACGCGCCCGAGGGCUCACCGGUGUUAAUGCCCGCUUAUUGCCGAAACCUGCACCACGAGGUAGAGUUGGGAGUGCUCUUGGGCAAGCGUGGUCAAGCCAUCCCUGAGGCCGCCGCCAUGGACUACGUGGCCGGCUACGCCCUGUGCCUGGACAUGACUGCCAGAGAUGUGCAGGAAGAGUGCAAGAAGAAGGGGCUGCCCUGGACUCUGGCCAAGAGCUUCACGGCCUCCUGCCCUGUCAGCGCCUUCGUGCCCAAGGAGAAGAUCCCUGACCCUCAUGCCCUAAGACUGUGGCUCAAGGUCAACGGUGAGCUCAGGCAGGAGGGCAAAACUUCCUCUAUGAUUUUUACCAUCCCCUACAUCAUCAGCUACAUUUCCAAGAUAAUGACCUUGGAAGAGGGAGACCUUAUCUUGACUGGGACGCCAAAAGGAGUUGGGCCAGUUAAAGAAAAUGAUGAGAUCGAGGCUGGAAUAGACGGGGUGGUUAGUAUGAAGUUCAAGGUGGAAAGGUCAGAAAACUGAGUGUUUAACUAAAUGAUAAUCUUAAUGAAAGUCUAAAAAGUUUGUCAUUAGAAAAGAACUAGACUAGAAAUGGAAAUAAGAAUAACCAAGGUAAAGGAUAUGUAAUGCUUUCCAAGAGGAGAUGUACUAAACUCGGAGAAGUUAUAGUUUUCUUCCCUAAAACUGAACUGCAUAAGACUUUUCUGUAAAUCAUUUUGAAGCCCCAUAGCUCUGGACUUAAAUAACUGCAAAGGAAAGUAAUUCAUUAAUAAUAUUAACCUUUAAGAAAGCUUUUCACACAGAGCACUCCAGUCGUUCUUACUAGGGAAAGAACCAAUCGAGCAAUUGGUGAAGUCCUGCCCUGUUUAUUUUGGGUAUAUUAUAUAUAUUGGGCUGUGGCUUCUGAGUUUGGGAGAUAAUUUUGAAAUUGUUUACCAAAUAAACACCUUUUCUUGUGUGAUGUAAAA